AAUUAUAUUAUUCGCAACUUAAAUAUUCAGACAAAAAUUCAGAUCUAUUACUUUGGAAAAAAAUGUAUUUGCUCUUUCAAAUAAUUUUGACUUCUGGACUACUAUAUUCAACAUCAGCCGAUGGGGAAUUUUAUGAUAUUAUAGAAAAUUUGUCAGUAAAAAAUGUUCAAGAAGCACAAAAUGAAUUCUUUAAUUGCGUUGUUAAAUUAGACAUAUAUAACUACAUAGACAGAGACACAUUUAAUGUAUAUUUAAGUACGUUAAGGGAUCACAUCGUUUCCCGUGAAAUACACCCAAAUGAUACGAGUACAAAAAUAAUAGAAUUUUUAGAAUUAGAUGAAUCAUAUAUUUCAGAAGAGUUUAUAAGUUGUUGUGACAUAUUCCACUCAAGUUUGUUUGAUGUAGAAAAGCCCAAGUUCGAGGAUACUGACGAUUUGAAUGUUAUGAUGUAUUUACGUUUUGAAAAAGCAUUUGAUGUAAUGUGUAAUUGCCUAGAAAAUUAUAGCGCUUUUCAAGAAGUUGAUGAAUGCGAUAGAAAAGAAAUGUCAACACAAAAUUACAAAAAUCAAUUUCGGAUAUUUACAAUAAAAAGUCUAUUUAAAGGACUUAUAUAUUCAACAUCAGCCGAAGCCGAAUUUCAUGAUAUAAUAAAAUAUUUGUCAUCGAAAAAUUUACAAGAAGCACAAAAUAAAUUCUACAAUUGCGUUGUUAAAUUAGACAUUAAUAAAUACAUAGAAAGUGACACAUUUAAUGUAUAUUUAAGUACGUUAAAGGAUCACAUCGUUUCCCGUGAAAUACACCCAAAUGAUAUGAGUACAAAAAUAAUAGAAUUUUUAGAAUUAGAUGAAUCAUAUAUUUCAGAAGAGUUUAAAAGUUGUUGUAAUAUAUUCCACUCAAAUUUGUUUGAUGUAGAAAAGCCCAAGUUCGAAGAAUCAGUCAAUUUGAAUAUUUUGUUGUAUUUACGAUUUGAGAAAGCAUUCGAUGUAAUGUAUGAUUGCCUAGAAAACUAUAACAGUAUAAAGGAUGUUGAUGAAAAUUACAGAAUUCGGUAUGGCAUUACAGAACCAUUUACAUGUAGAAGAAACAUGUCAACAUAUGAAUCAAAAAAAAGAUAUUAUAAAUCUACAAUGGAAAAUCUAUAUGAUGUCAUUAUUGAAGCUAAAACUCCAAAUGAAAUUGUUAAUGAUUUAAAGAAUAGUAUACAUAGUCGUUAUUAUGAAGAACCUUUCGCAAAAUAUUGUGCUGCUGUUUAUUAUACAUAUAUGGUUACCUACAAUUCUACUUUAAAUGAGAUAUUAAAUCUAGUUGGAGAUUUUAUGAAAAAUACUAAUAAUAUUACAUUAGAAGACUAAAAUAGAAUUAAAUUUAUAAAAAUUGUUUGUUUUUAUUUCAAUAAAUACAAAACAUUAAUUCA